UUGGAUGCUGGAUUUGGAACAAAGCUGCCGAAUUUCAGAGAGUGAUUUAGGCUGCUUGCUGAAAGAAGCAUGUUGAGACCAGACAUCUAAGAGGUAGAGCAACUUGCAGGUGUGCAGUUAUAUGCGGGAUAUUGAGAACGUGGUGUUGCUGUUAGCAGUAAGAGGUUAGGUGAUGGUGCAGAGGCUUCAAUCCGUUCUGACCCUCUACCUGUCAGGAGUGUUGGCUUUCCUAGGCCUGUGGUGGUACACCUCUCGGAAGAAGGAACACCUCACUGACAAGGGUGAGACGACCGCAGACCAGGAGCACCUGUCCUCCCCUAGAGACAUGGGUAACUGUGUUGUGGAGAAUGGCCACUCGACUGGGACGCAUAUGGACGGGCACGCAGUGAGGGAGCGGUCAUUAGUGGAACAGGAGCUUGUUGAUAGUACAAACACCCCAGCAGCAGCAGAGCUGGGUAUAGUCCCACUCUGCCAAUCACAACCUGAGGUAAGGGUUGUGGCUGCAGACGGUCUCAUUAGAGGCCUGGAUACUGCUGCCGUGAAGCCUGUUUACGAGAGCACUGAGUCUUCAGCUCAAGUGUUCCUAGAGACUGCAGCUGAGGAUGGACCUGAGCAGGAUCUGGAAUUACAAUGGGAACACCAGCCAUGCUUAGAAUCAACUUGUUCCUUAUCAAUCUGUGACCUAGGCUCUGUUAAAUCUAAGUCCGUCGGUGAAAGUGCAGGUUUAAAUCAACCACCACAGUCUGAGACACUGGAGGACAUUACAAACAGCACUUUGAACCAGGAGCCUGCAGAGGCGGUGGUUGGACCGGAGCCUGCAGAGGCGGUGGUUGGACCGGAGCCUGCAGAGGCGGUGGUUGGACCGGAGCCUGCAGAGGCGGUGGUUGGACCGGAGCCGGCAGAGGCGGUGGUUGGACCGGAGCCGGCAGAGGCGGUGGUUGGACCGGAGCCGGCAGAGGCGGUGGUUGGACCGGAGCCGGCAGAGGCGGUGGUUGGACCGGAGCCGGCAGAGGCGGUGGUUGGACCGGAGCCGGCAGAGGGAGACAUGCUGUCUGCUGUGGAAGAACCAACCUGUCUGGCUUUCCCCAGCCACCUUAUAACCAGUCAGGUGUCUGCCUCAAAGCAGCCAUUGGGAAUUCUGAGGUCACCUCAGAAGAAAGACCAGUCUGAGGAAUGUGAACUCAGCAGGAGCAACAUUGCAGAAAUUAACCAGCUGGUGUCAUGGCUCAUCACUGAUGUGGUCUCUGCAGCAGUGAGUCAAUUCCUGAAGGAGAAGACACAGCUAGGACGUAGUGUUAGUCCUCUCUGUAGCGGGGACCCCUGCAAAGCCGCAGACCACAUCUCAAUGCAUAAUAGUGAACCUGAGCAUGAGAUGCCACCUCUAUUCCAAGAGGAUCUGUGUUCAACAACCGGCAGAGAGAACAUCAGUUCAUCUCCUAUAGUUCAGGAGGACGUGAAACACGACCACAGCAGUAGAGCUCAGAUUGAGAAGAUCGAGCUAGCAGAAGAAGAUUCUGCAGUAGGGGAUUCUGGAUCCAGCUCUGGUCAGACUGAAAAGGUCUCCAGUGGCAAUGACUUGAGCACCAGUAUGAGCUCGCAACCACCCAGAGGACCCGCUGAAGGACAGGAGGCCACCAGCAUGUUCCUUACUAACGGUUGGUGGACGGCGAAUGUUCCAGGCUCUGGUGUGAACAGCAUGGACUGUGUAGACGGUUACUGUGAACAUGAAGCCAGGGACAACAAGCAUAGCAGUCCCAGUCCACCAAGUCAGCUACUGAACACCGAUCAGGCAUUUGAAAAAUACAACCAAAGUCACAACAGCAGCCAAUCACCGACUGUUUGGGAGAUAGAGGUGCCAAAUCAUUUUGUUGGUAGAGUGAUUGGGAAGAAGGGGCGACAUAUGAACUACCUGAAGGAGAAGUCUGGAGCUAAGGUCUUCAUCACCGCCCUACCUUACACCCAGGAGUUCCAGAUCUGCCACAUAGAGGGGUCAGAGGAACAGGUGGAUUGUGCUCUGGAGCUGAUCAGGAAAAAGAUCAAAGAUCUAGAUGUGACCAACUGUUAUGUCCAACCUCCAGUGGCCAGCCUGCCCUCUCUCUCCAUCACAUCCUGGCUGCUGCUUCCCCAUAGGGUGACCGUUGAGGUAACGGUGAUCCAGAUAGCGUCUGGGAACUGUGUGUUCCUCCAGCAGCACAAACACCCCACCUUCCAUGCUCUCUGCGGUCUGGACCAAAAUAUGAGCCUGUGCUACUCUUACCCAGGGUGCCCUCCCCUGCCAGCCCCAGUGGAAGUUGGAGUGAUCUGUGCUGCCCAGAUGCCUGAGGGAGCCUGGUGGAGAGCGCAGGUGAUGGGUCACCAUGAAGACACCAUGGUGGAACUCCGCUAUGUGGACUAUGGAGGCUAUGACAUAGUGAAAAUGGACACUCUCCGCCAGAUCAGGUCUGACUUCGUUGCGUUGCCGUUCCAAGGGUCUGAGGUGAUCCUGGAAAAUAUUGCACCCAUUCCAGGAGAAGAUUUUAAAGCUGCAGCCAAAUCUUCCCUGGAGGAGAUGACACGAGGAUUGGGACUACUUGCACAGGUCACGAACUAUCACACCAGUGGCAUUCCUUUGGUACAGAUAUGGAGAACAGAAGGAGAAGAGUUGGUGUCUGUGAACCGUGCUAUGGUGGAUAAUGGACUGUGCAGCUGGGUAGACAGCCCCUGACCGUGAAGCGCAAUCCUGGCUGUUCAGAUAGUUUUAAUAUGUCCUUCCUGCUUUGUGAGGGAAGCACAGAUCCAUAAGUGAUUGGAUAGGUGUAAGUUUACCACCCUAUUACUUUCACCAAUCCAGAUCUGUGAUUACCUCACGGUAGCUAGGAAGGAACAAUGGAUUUCUGAAGUAUUCAAACAGGGCCCUUGCCUUGUCUUUCACUUUUUUACCCCCUCAGUCCCACCUCUGGACUGCUGCCUUGAUGACACGACAAUGUCGUCCUGCGGCUCAACGUCUUCCUGCUCAACUCAACCAUUAUACCUGUUUCUUUACAACCAUGUACACGCAAUCCAAGUUAUUAUUUUGAAGUUUUAUUUACUCCCACCCGGUCCUAUAAAUGUUUGUAUUGGACACAUAAUGUAAUCAUAACAAUCUCACCCCCCCCCACACACUGAAUACGAUUUUGUUUUUAAUGUAUACAUUCCUAUUAAGAAACUAAAUAAAGAUCAACUGUCCUUA